UUGGAAACAACAGGUUCCAUCUUGUCAACAUAUUUUGGUCUUCUUGGAACAAUUACCAACCAAGUGAUUUAUGGCCCUCAUUAGCAACCUAUUUUGAGUAACGUCCUCCUUCAUAUCUAAGAAAUAAUUUCUCCCCCAUCCAAGUCUUCAGUUCUAGUCAGGAAUGCCAGUAGUUUACAACAUGAGCCUUAUAUUCUCAUCUGUCUAAAUACCUUUGGCUUUGAUUCUUAAUAACAGUGUGACCGUGUGAGACUGACCACUGUUUUUGAUUUGGGUUCCCACGAUGGUUGGUUGGGGAUCAGUGGGCGGAGUUGCCCUUGUCCACUUCAUGGAUUGGAGGCUGAUCCUGGAUUGCGUCCCCCUACAUCAACGGCAAGUUCAAGGACAACUAGAGUCACCUCUGGCUCAGAAUUUCCAACUGGGAAGAAGUUUCGGAGCAAGCCUCAGCUGGCUCGUUACCUUGGCAACCAGAUGGACCUCAGCUCCUUCGAUUUCCGCACGGGGAAGAUGCUCAUGAGUAAACUGAACAAGAACAGGCAGAGACUGCGUUAUGACAACAACAAUCAGACCAAGGGCAAGCCAGACCUGAACACAUCACUUCCCGUCAGACAGACUGCUUCCAUCUUUAAGCAGCCUGUCACCAAGGUUACCAACCACCCCAGCAACAAAGUCAAGACCGAUCCACAGAAAGCCGUGGACCAGCCAAAACAGCUUUUCUGGGAGAAGAAGCUUGGUGGUCUCAAUGCGUUUGACAUCGCAGAGGAGCUAGUGAAGACAAUGGACCUGCCUAAAGGUCUGCAAGGAGUUGGACCUGGAUGUACAGACAAGACUCUACUGUCAGCGAUAGCCAGCGCCCUGCACACUAGUGCAGCCCCCAUCACAGGUCAGCUGUCUGCAGCCGUGGAAAAGAACCCAGGGGUGUGGCUCAACACGACCCAGCCCCUCUGCAAGGCCUUCAUAGUCACUGACGAGGACAUCAGGAAGCAGGAAGAGCUGGUGUACAGUGUGAGGAAGAAGCUGGAGGAGGCUCUAAUGGCGGACAUGUUGGCUCAUGUGCAGGAAGCAGCCAGCGAGGGCGACUCACUCAAUGAAGGCAAUGAUGACAUGGAGACUGUAUAGCAGAGGGAGUCAAUGCUGAGACCAAGGUCUCUUUCCAGAUGAUCUAUGUUUAGCACAACAAUACACAUGAAAAUACAAUCAAAAUCCUCUUUUUGGAGAGUGUCGGGGUCUCCAUCGCUUCCAGUAUUCGCAUUUUGAGAACGGACACUAUUUGGUUUAAAGGACCGUUAAAGUGCGCAGACGGCCAGCCUCCUGUUGUUGAAAGUGUAUUCGCUGCUGCUACAGCUUAUUAUCUAUCCUGUUCCCUAGUCACUUUACCCCUACCUAUAUGUACAUAUCUACUGCCAUUACCUCGUACCCCUGCACAUCCACUCGGUACUCGAACCCCGUGUAUGUAGCCAAGUUACCGUAACUCAUUGUGUAUUUAUUCCUCAUGUUAUUAUUUUUCUACUUUUAUCUCUGCAUUGUUGGGAAGUAAACAUUUCACUGUAGGUCUACACCUGUACACAAUUGUAUUUUAUUUGUAAAAUGAGAGGGUUGUUCAGGCUUCUACAGCAUUUAUGGGCUCUCCCCAGUUUCUCUACAGAUGUCAGUAUUUUCAAUUCAGAGCUGCAAAUCAUGCCACCCAAGGGAUAUGAUAUGACACAUUUAUAAUUUGAUUUACAAUCUGUAUUUGUUUAGCUAUUUCAACAAACGUCUGUCUUCAUCCUCUCUUCCAGGGAGAUGGGGUGUUAUAGAGUAGUCUGGAUGGGUUUUUCAACUCCUUGUCAAAUGACAAUGAAACCAGGAACCCUGUACCAAUCCAACCAAAAGAACUUCCCACUUUCUGCCCAUCCCCUUCCACGUGCUACCCCUCUGAAGCUUUGCCUACCUACUGUCCACCUCACCCCUGUUUAGCCUCUUCUGACUCCAGCCCUAUGAACGUACUUGGACUCAGGAAUUCUGAAUCAAAUUGAUUAUUAGCUAAAUUAGCUUUCUUUUGAAAAAGACAGCAUCAAAUAAAAUGUUGGCAGGGCAGAGUGAAAGAGAUCGGUUUCAUACAGUAUGAUGAAUUCAGUGGUCAAUGAUGUAGCCUUUUUUUUUUUGUAAGACAUUUUAUGGAUUUGCUGAAUGUGAGUUAUAUAUUGUGACGAUCAUGUCAUUGUCAACCCACCCCAAAACAUGUUUUAAAUGAAUUGGGACAUUUAGAAUUAGAAGUGAAUUCAGUUUUUCCCCAUGGGUUUUUCUUUCUGGGUUUCUAAUG